AUGUCGGACCAACACAAGUCGUCGAACCGCAACAAGUCGAGCAAAUCGGAGAAGAAGCUCCACAAGGUGAAGAUCCACGAUCCGCUGAAGAAACAAAAGAAGCGGGCACUGAAGAAACUCCGCCGGAAGGCCUCCACCGUGAACUUUCCCUACCAACUGUUCCUGUACCGCCAGGAGCUGAAGCGGGCCAACGCCGACUUCUCCUACCUGCGCCUUUCCAGGGCCAAAAUUGUGCUCACCUCGGAACUAAUUGCCAAGAAAAUGGGAAGCUGCAAUCCACUGAGCAGCGUGGAUGAACUAAAGGAACUGAGCCGGGAGGUGCAGUUCCAAAAGCGCCUUUGCCACCAAGUGGAGCGACUGCAGCAAUUCCGCCAGCUGGGCCUCACCGAGAUGAUCCUCAACGGCAAAAAGAUGACCCUGUAA